UGCUACUUAUUAUAAGUUACAAGCAGCUCACUAAGCUAGUAAAGCCACACCAGGAGCUUGCACUGGGAGCAACACCAAUGGAAGACCACCACUACCUCUACCUCGGAUUAGCUCUCGUCUCGUUGCUCGUCAUGCUCGCCAAGCGCCGCCGGCGCUCCGACAUGGCGCACGGGCACGGUCUGCGGCUGCCGCCCGGGCCGUGGCAGCUGCCAAUCCUCGGCAGCCUGCACCACAUGGCCGGCAAGCUCCCGCACCACGCGCUGCGUGACCUCGCUCGGCGCCACGGGCCGCUCAUGCUGCUCCGGAUCGGCGAGGUGCCCGCGCUGGUGGUGUCGUCCCGGGAGGCGGCGCGGGAGGUGAUGAAGACGCACGACGCCGUGUUCGCAACGCGGCCGCUGAGCCCCACCAUGCGGGCGCUCACCAAGGGCGGCCGGGGGAUCAUCAUGGCGCCCUACGGGGCCCACUGGCGGCAGCUCCGCCGGAUCACCAUCACCAAGCUCCUCACAGCGCGCCGCGUGCUCUCCUUCCGCGCCGUCCGCGAGGAGGAGGCCGCCGCCAUGCUGCGCGCGUGCGCCGCGGCGGCGGCGGCGGGGUCUCGCGCCGUGGACAUGCGCGAGCGGCUGUCCGCGCUCAUCACGGACACCACGAUGCGCGCCGCGAUGGGUGACCGGUUCAAGGACCGCGAGGUCUUCCUGCGUGUGCUCGACCGCGCCAUCGUGCUCUCUGCCGGGUUUAACAUGGCCGACCUGUGGCCGUCCUCCCGGAUCGUCGGCCGGCUCAGCGGCGCCGUGCGCCGCUGCGAGGAGAUCCGUGACACCGUGUUCGGGAUCCUCGACGGCAUCAUCGAGGAGCACCUGGAGAGGAUGCGCAACGGCGGCGGCGGCGAGGUCAAAGACCUCCUCGACGUGCUGCUGAAGGUACAGCAGGACGGUGACCUGCCGAUCCCGCUCGACAUGGACGUCAUCAAGGUCGUCAUCGUUGACAUCUUUGCCGGCAGCGAGACGACAGCGCCGACGCUGGAGUGGGCCAUGGCGGAGCUCGUCCAGAACCCGAAGGUCAUGGAGCGGGCGACGGCGGAGGUGCGGCACGCCUUCGCCGCCCACGGAUCGGUGUGCGAGGACAGGCUCGCGGAGCUCCGGUACCUGCCCCUCGUCAUCCGGGAGACGCUCCGGCUGCACACGCCGCUGCCGUUCCUGAUCCCGCAGGAGUGCCAGGAACCCUGCCGCGUGCUGGGCUAUGACGUGCCGCGGGGCAUCACGGUCAUGGUGAACGCCUGGGCGCUGGGCCGCGACGAGCGCUACUGGCCGGGGGAUCCCGACGCGUUCCGGCCGGAGCGGUUCGAGGCCGGCGGCGGCGGCGCGGCGGACUUCAGGGGCACCGACUUCGAGCUCCUGCCGUUCGGUGCCGGGAGGAGGAUGUGCCCUGGCCUGGGGUUUGCGCUCGCCAACAUGGAGCUCGCGCUCGCCAGCCUCCUGCUCCACUUCGACUGGGAGGCGCCCGGCGCCGCCGAGGUCGACAUGACCGAGGCGUUCGGCCUCACCGCGCACCGGAAAGCCAGGCUCCUGCUCCGCCCCAUCCUUCGCGUUCCGGUUCCAGGCGUCUAGUCACUGCCGCGUGCCGCCAAAGGAUAGAUGGCUGGGUUCACAUGUAUGGGCCUCUAUCAUUCAGAGUUCAGACAGUCAGCCCUGUGUUCACUUGUGAACUUACAAAAUAAUUGCAAUAAUACUCCCUCCAGUCAUAAUUUUUUUUA